GCCUCACUCCCUCAAUUUCGAGUCCCCACUAUUACUGGAACAAUCCGCUCGCUCGCAGCAAAAGUUGCUUCUUUCUCGCCUGCUUGGAAGACACUUCAUACGCCAAUAGACUCAUAAAGAUAGUCAGUCGACAGACGCAAAACGACGGAACUUCCCACUUGGGCUUCACUGGGAACGAAAAAAAUCGAAAAGAACCAGCAAUGAAGUUCUCGUCCGUGGCACUCUGGGCACUGCCCGCCCUGGCCACCGUAACCUCAGUGGUCUCCGGUAACUCUCUUGGUUGUGACAUCUCCGACGAAAACUGUGUCGCCGCUUUCGGGAACUUGCAUGCGCGACUGGGAAGCGACGGCACUGAUGAGUUCGUCAAGGGUGCUAGCCUGAACCGACGGCAGAAUCCUCCGACGCCAGUGCCGGAUGUGCCCACGCCCGUCGAGGACCCCGUCUCGCCCGUCUCGCCCGUCCCGAUUACGACGCCCCGCCCAGUUACGGAACCCGUAGUUACGAACCCUACCAUCACGACCUUUUUCGAUCCCAGUAGCGCUUUGUUCCCACGUACCACCACAACUCCAACCACUCCUCCAUCCACCACUACAACCACCUCAAGCACUUCGCAGCGGGCUACCUCCACUGUGACAUCCUCUUCCACGUCGCUUGUCGUCGCUACGUCAACGGACGCCAACGGCCAAACCGUCUAUGUUACCAGCACCAAAAUAACCAUAUCCACGAACGCUGUUGCGGACCCCAACGCCACGUCCGGCCAGACAAAGUCAGGUGUGGAGGCGUUCGGGAAAGGGAAGAUUGUCGCGAUCGCGGUCGGAGGCUCCUUGGCCGUGCUGGCCGCCGCCGUCGCCAUCUUUACGUUCAGGAAGUUGGGUCUCAAACCAUCGGACAGAUUCCGUGACCGUCUGUUCAGGAAUGAAACGGCUGGAGCUGGAGCUGGAGCGGGCGCCGCCGCUGCCCCUGCAUCAACCACCAUCAACAACCACAUUAAUCUUCCUGUAACCCCGCCACCACCAUCGAACCGGUCCAACACACCCAACCCCUCAGGCACUCUGGACAAACCGUACACUGACAGCGGCUCGCGCACGGGCAGCGGUUCCAGCCCCCUGCCCGGCUCCGACGCCAUGUCUCAAAGCCGCUACAGCGGAGUUCCCGCCGACCACCGCUUCAGCGGCGUCCCCACUGACCCACGCUUCAGCGGCCUACCCUACGGCGCACAGUACGGCGCGCCAGCCCAAGGCAUGACGCACGAGUACGGAUACCCCAUCCAACCUCACCCACAGGGCCAAUACGGUCCGGAGUACGGUCAUGAAUAUGGUCAUGAGUAUGGCCAGGAGUACGGUCAGAACUACGAGCCUCACCGCCAAGGGGCUCCUGCGCAGGCGUAUGGAAAUCCACAACAUCCUGCACAUCACGGCUAUUAGACAUUCGGCGUACUCGGCUAUCCAGUGGUCACUGAACGACAUUUUAAUAUCUAGACACCCUGUUACAGUACAUACACUGGUAGUGCUUUACCUGUAUUUAGUGAAAGUUUUCGUAGUCGGUGUUUUUGUCUACCUCGCACCGGACUUUUUGUUUUGUACCCCUCCCCUCCCACAAAGUUUCUGAUAUACAUACGUUGUGACAUAUCUAUUUACAUAGUUGUCUUCUUACAUCACAUACAUCUCAUCCAAGUUACGGUGUAGCCACGUAGCUUCGUUUUUGGGAAAGUGAACCAGUACCGGGUCGAUCCAUU